AUGUCUUCCAAAGUAACAAAGGACAUGUUAUUUGAAACAACACAAAAUGUGUUAACGUAUGCAAAUGAGACAAAAAAGCGUAAAUUUGUCGAAACAGUUGAAUUACAAGUAGCGUUAAAAAAUUUUGAUCCAAGCCGUGACAAACGUUUCAGUGGUACCGUUCGACUACGUUACACACCAAAACCCAAAUUUGCUGUGUGUGUAUUGGGAGAUGAACGUCAUUGUGAUGAAGCUCGUGCGAAUAAUAUACCAUGCAUGACAAUUGAUGAUUUAAAGAAAUUUAAUAAAGAUAAAAAACAAGUGCGAAAACUAUCUCAUCAAUAUGAUGCAUUUUUAGCCAGUGAUGUUGUCAUUCGACAAAUACCACGUAUACUUGGGCCGGGUUUAAAUAAAGCUGGCAAAUUUCCAACAGCUAUAACACACAGUGAUAGUUUAGUACAAAAAGUCGAAGAAAUCAAAUCUACAAUUAAGUUUCAAGCAAAAAAGACCAUAUGUCUAUCGGUUGCUGUUGGUAACGUGAAUAUGAGUGUCGAAGAAUUAGCUGCCAAUAUUAAUUUAUCGGUUAAUUUCUUAGUAUCUUUAUUGAAAAAAAAUUGGCAAAAUGUACGAUCAUUAUAUGUUAAAACUAUGAAUAGUACAACGAACACAUAUCGUGAAUAUUCUGGAACCGAAGGUAGUGAUACUGACGAUGAAACGUUUAAGGAUAGGCUUCAAAGUAGUCCAUCCGCUCUGUCACCAUACAGACGAACAGUUAGUUUUAAGACCACACGUCAAACCUCAUUUUCUGGUCCGUCUGCAGCGACAUCGCCAUUAACAAAAAAUACACGUCGUGAACGACGACGACGAACAAAUAGUCAUUCGAAACAAGAACGCGUUUUUUAUACUAAUCGUAAUCCAAUUUACACAGCAGGAAGACCGCCGUGGUAUGAUGUCAGUGGUGAGUCAAAAGAAGCAUUUGUUAUUGGUAUUGGUGGUGCCAGCGGAUCAGGAAAAACAACUGUGGCCAAGCGAAUAGUUGAAAAACUAAAUGUACCAUGGGUAUCACUGUUAAGCAUGGAUUCGUUUUAUAAAGUUCUUUCAGAUGAACACCAUGAGCAAGCUGAAAAACACAAUUACAAUUUCGAUCAUCCAGAUGCAUUUGAUUUUAUUCUUCUUUUGGAAACAUUAAAAAAUCUAAAAAGUGGAAAACAAGUUGAACUACCAUUGUACAAUUUCACGACACAUUCGAGAGAAAAGUACACGAAAACAUUGUAUGGUGCAAACGUGGUUAUAUUUGAAGGCAUCAUGGCUUUUACUAGUAAAGAAAUAACUGAACUUUUAGAUAUGAAAAUAUUUGUUGAUACGGACGCUGAUAUUCGUCUUGCUCGACGUUUGAUACGUGAUAUCACCGAACGUGGAAGAGAAAUUGAUGGUGUAAUUCAGCAAUAUACACGCUUUGUUAAACCGAGCUAUGACCACUAUAUAGCACCAACGAUGAUCUUUGCAGACUUGAUAGUUCCAAGAGGUGGUGAAAAUACAAUUGCACUCGAUUUAAUAGUAAAGCAUGUCAAUCGAGAACUUCAUAAACGUGGUCUUAAAGUGCGUUCAAAAAUAGCCCAUCAAUCAGAAUUUCUUAAAGACCUUCCACUGCCAGAAUCGUUCUAUUUAGUUGAACAGACACUGCAGAUCAAAUAUUUACAGACGAUUAUAAGAAAUCGUAAAACAACUCGAGACGAAUUUAUAUUUUAUUCAAAUCGUUUAAUGCGGAUAUGCACUGAGUAUGCAUUAACCCUACUUCCAUUCGAGGAUAUAACCGUUGAAACACCACAAGGCUUACCUUACCAAGGUAAAAAACAUGCGAAUGCACGAGUGUGUGGUGUGUCAAUAGUACGUGCUGGUGAAUGUCUUGAGCCAGCAUUGAUCGAAGUAUAUAAAGAUGUUAAAAUAGGAAAAAUUCUAAUACAAACAAAUCAAUUAACAGGCGAACCAGAACUUCAUUAUCUUCGUUUGCCACGUGAUAUUAGCGAUUCAUAUGUAUUUAUAUUAGAUGCUACUGUGGCUACAGGUGCUGCAGCGAUGAUGGCGAUUCGUGUCCUAUUGGAUCAUAACGUUGAUGAAGAAAAAAUUGCAUUAUUAUCUUUAAUUGUGUCGAAACAAGGUGUUCAAACUAUUGGCUAUGCAUUUAACAAAGUGAAGGUCAUUGCAACUGCAUGUGAUGAACACUUAAACUCCCAUUGUUUUAUCUGUCCUGGCUUGGGCAAUUUUGGUGAUAGAUACUUUGGAACAGAUAAUAGUGAGAACUCGAUGAGUGAUGUUCAUGAAUAUGCUGAUGUGGUUGAUCAUUUGGAUGACAUGUCAUCGAUACCCUCAAAAACAACGUAUCAGUUUACCAAAGAAGAUAGUGAAUGA